AUGUUGAUUCUUGCAAAUUUAUUGGUCGUCGCAGGCCUUUUAUGGGGCAUCUUUUCCUCGCUUCUAGUCACUUUUCUCCCACUUGUACCCUCAAUCGUGUCUUGGAUCCGAUACCUGUUCUCGCUUUUUUUGGGCCGACCGAGAGCAAGGGGCUUAAAUAUACCCAGAGCCCCCGAGUCCCCUGAUCACCUGGCAGUACUGGCGGCUCUGACACGAAUCGCUGAGAGGAUUGAGGGGAGCACUAAAGUACAACAGACAAUUCUCCAACGGCAUGACUAUCAUUCCCGUAUUAAUUCAUUAGUACAGGGGAUGGAUAGACUCGUUGACACUCAAUCUGAGUUGCAAUCUGAGAUGAGGAUGUUGCGUAUUGGUGCCGACCAUAUCCUCGAUUCGUUGAGGAUGACCGCUGUCUGCUUGGACGAGAUGAAGGAUCGGACUGCGGAACAUCACAUAGAGACCUGUCGCACACUGUCUGCGAUGAGUGAUCAGUUGGCUCAGCUAACUAACUCUGCUGAUGCUCAUCGAAUCGCCCGUGGUCUGGCGCUGCAGCACGGCACAGAUGUACAUGUAGCGGUGACAUCUGGAGUGGAUAGACUCUCUGAGGAACUACCACAGUCGAUUCAUGAGGAAGAAUCCGAAGAUCUUUCGGUCGGUACCGACUUGCAGGACUCGGCGUGA